CACCCUUCGUGGACUCGAUCGCAAGAAGGCUGCCGGAAGGAUUCGUCAUCGAACCCUCUAGAACAGCUGGACUGGACGGCCUCGCGAGUUCUCGUGGUCAGGCCGGGGGUUGUGGGGGCCACCACGGGGACUGGGGUGGGUCUGCCCCUGCUUCUCUUCGUCAUUUUCCUCAGCAGCCAAACCUACGCGGCAGUCACGCUUCUCAAGGUCGCAUCAAUCUCAACAUCAUCGACCACCAGGUACCUGACGACGACGACCUCCAACAUUAUUUGGAGAAGACGUGACUUGAAGGAGAAAUUCAAUAAACCUUAUCAACACUUGGAUCCCCAGCCGUCCUUCUUGUCGUCGUCGUCAGUGAACAUUAUUCGUCGCAACGAAGACAAUAGGUGGUUCUUGCCCGACAACUUAAGGGUUCUGGAACCAUUGGGCUGGAAGGAUUCACUGGAGGGAGGUCAGGGUCAGAUAGACGGAAGACGCAGGAAAACUAAUCUCGAGGAUUUUUCUGCAACCGUUCCAGAUGCUAAUGUGGAAUUUGCUGAUUUAUUCAACUUGAAGGAACCUGCUUUUAAGAUUAGGAAUACAACUUUGGUGACGACAAGCAGGACUAGCGAAACGGAAGCUACGGGAUCCGUUCGCGAGAGUCAAGUUAAGGAAACGGAAGGGAGUGGAAGUUUUAGGAUAGGGGUGACAAAAAGGGUCAGAAACAGUGGGGUUGUGAAGGUGCAGGUGAAGAACGUGAGUGGUGAGAUUACGACUUCGGUAGACGUGUUGGUUGGUGAUAGUGGUGUCGAGUGGACAAGCGCAACCGCGACUACAGUUGCCGGGCCGAUGUCAUCGCUGUCGUAUCCUGGAGAGGCGCAGGGAGCUGGAAGAGUAAAGAUUCAGCCGGGUCAAAAGCAUAGAAGACCCGAGGAGGAAGUUGACGAGGCCAAGGUUACUGCGGAGGGUAAGGACGCUGGAUCCAGCUCGUCUACAAUUGUCUCAACGUCGCAAUCCGCCACGACGGAAUUACCACCACCGACCCGGGACACCUCUAUGGAAGCACUGAACGUAAGCGGGUAUAUAGUGUCAGUGGUGCUUGUCCUCGUAGUCGGGGCACUCGUGGGUGUCCUGGCCACGGUUUCCCAUCAUCUACAUCACCGUCGGCUAUUGCUCCACGGGCCUGCCUCGACCUCGAUUCUGCAUCAUCACCAUCGCCAUCAUCAUCAUCUUCGACAUCAUCAUCGUCAUCAUCGUCAUCAUCGAGAGGAACCACCGCCAUCACAACAACGACGACUCCUGCUCCAGGAUCACCAUCGUCAUCCUGCCACGCCGAUGCUGUCGGUGAGUCCAGGAAUGGAGGUUGGCAGUGGAGGACACGGCGGUCUUGGAGGUGGGCUCGAAGGUGGUCCAGCCGGCGGAGGUGGCGGCGGCGGUGAUGGAAUGCAGGAAGUGAUGGUGGCUGCGGCGAGGGAUAGAGCUGUAAGGGCCGGAAGUGUUCGGCAAGAUUUGGCCUUGGAUCUUCCUCCACGGCUCCAACUUCCGGAUGGCGAGGAACGUCCCUAUGGGGCUCAUACGGCCCUUCAUCUUCGAGAUCCCGAACAGGAAAGCGAGAUCUACCAGAAGUGUGUGAGACCUCCCCCAAACCGGACCGUCUUCGACAGCGAGAGUCCGCCACCUUACAGAAGCCAAUCAGCGUUACUGGACGCUCCUGAGCGAAUAGUGCGUUGCCACAGUGCCGGAAGUUCGCUCCUGAGGGUAUUCAGGAAAUUCCCGAAUCCCGGCAACUCGACGCCGGCAGUAGUGGUACCACCCCCGCCCCCGAGAAGGCCGACCCUCUCGAGUUAUUCCGAAUCGAGUAGCAACCUGAGCAACCUCUCCAGUCUGACGGUCGUCCCUUGCGAGGCCGACGAGAGCCAGCAGCACCAACAGCACGUCUGAUCCACGGCGUUGUCGGGCCAACUCGAUACCGGGUCUCCCAGACCCAACAAACAUUUCCUCGAGACAGACAGGCUGCCCUCCUCGGGGAGCUUCCGGGCGGAGAGCCAAAGGCGAGGUCCUCAC